AUGCCAGAAGCAGUCAAAAAAACAAUUUCAGCCUUUGCCAAAAAGCCAAAGACACAGGAAGUAGAAGAGGGGUCCCCAGUGGUCUUUGAAGCAGAAACUGAGAAGUCUGAUGCUAAAGUUAAAUGGCAGUGCAACACAAAAGAUCUUGCCAGCAGCGACAAAUAUGAGAUCACAGCCAAUGGAAACAAGCACUCUCUCAAGAUAAAAUGUGUUACCCAGGAAGAUGCCAAUACCUACGCUGUGAUUGCUGGGGGUUCAAAGGUCAAGUUUGAUCUGAAAAUCCUAUCCAAAAAAGAAACCCCAGCUGAGGCUCCUGUUACAGCUCUAGAGGAGUCAAGUGUAACACAAGAGCAGCCUAAUGCUGCACCUGCGGCUGGACCCACACAGGAUGAGGCCGCUCCCCCAACACAUGAUGUCCUUCAAUCAGAGCAUGGUCUGCCUUCAGACACCAGACAGGACCUCACGGGCCUCUUCACCGAGAAACCCCAAAGUGGAGAGGUCGCUGUCGGUGGAAACAUCACAUUUGUGGCUAAGGUCAAUGCAGAAUCACUGCUGAAGAAACCAACUAUCAAAUGGUUUAAAGGAAAGUGGAUGGACCUGGCCAGCAAGUCUGGAAAACACCUUCAGCUAAAGGAGUUGUAUGACCGCAACACAAAAGUUUACACAUUUGAGAUGCACAUCAUGGAAGCCAAAGCUAAUUUUGCAGGAGCUUAUAGAUGUGAAGUUUUGUCCAAAGACAAGCUGGACAGCUGUAAUUUUCAGCUGAUUGUACAUGAGGCUUGCACUUCUUCUGAAGGCUUUGAUAUAAGAACAGCUUUUCGACGCACUAGCACAGAUGGUAAAGAAGACUCAGGAGAGCUGGACUUCAGCACAUUGUUAAAGAAGAGCAGCAGUUUCUUAAAAUCCUCAAAUCGAACCGUGCAGAUGAGUACAGAGCCCGAUGUGGAUGUCUGGGAUAUUCUCAGCCAUGCUCCUGCCUCCGAAUACGAGAAGAUUGCUUUUCAGCAUGGUAUCACUGAUUUGAGGGGCAUGCUCAAAAGACUGAAGAAGAUGAAGAAAGAGGAGAAGAAAAGUGCAGCUUUCCUGAAGAAGCUUGAUCCUGCCUACCAAGUGACAAAGGGACAUAAAAUAAAAUUAGCAGUCGAGGUAGCUAAUCCAGAUGUUGAUGUCAAAUGGCUGAAGAACGGACAAGAAAUACAACUAACAGGAAGCAAGUACAUUUUUGAAAGUGUGGGCAACACGCGCUUCCUCACCAUCAACCACUGCUCACUGGCUGACGAUGCAGCUUAUUGCUGUGUGGUGGGAGAGGAGAAAUGCACAACAGAGCUUUUUGUCAAAGAACCUCCUGUUGUGAUUGUGAAGAACCUGGAGGAUCAAAUGGUCAUGAAGGGUGAACGUGUGGAACUAGAGUGUGAGGUGUCCGAAGAGGGCGCUACGGUGAAAUGGGAGAAGGAUGGUGUGGAGCUAACUCGAGAUGAAUCCUUCAAGUAUCGCUUUAAGAAGGAUGGCUGUAAGCAUGUUCUGAUCAUUAAUGAGGCCACUAAAGAAGACUGUGGCCACUACAUGGUCAAAACAAAUGGUGGAGAAUCUAUGGCUGAGCUCAUGGUGCAGGAGAAAGAGCUGGAGGUCUACCAGAGCAUUGCUGACCUCACAGUGAAGGCAAAAGAUCAGGCGGUGUUCAAGUGUGAGGUGUCGGAUGAGAAUGUGAGGGGUACUUGGUAUAAGAAUGGGGUAGAAGUCAAGCCGGAUGCCAGAAUAAAUAUCUCACACAUUGGCAGGAUUCACAAACUGACCAUUGACAAUGUCAAACCUGAGGAUGAAGCAGACUACACAUUUGAACCCGAUGGCUAUGCUUUCAACCUCUCGGCAAAACUCAAUUUCAUGGAGGUGAAGAUUGAUUUUGUGCCACGUCAAGAUCCUCCUAAGAUUCACCUGGACUGUAGGGGCCACACAGCUGAGUCUACCAUCGUGGUGGUGGCUGGCAAUAAACUACGCUUGGACGUCCCUAUCACUGGAGACCCUGCUCCCACUGUUGUUUGGACUAAAGGAGGAAAGGUCAUCACAGAGGGAGAUGGGAGAGUCCAUGUGGAAACCACCAAAGGCCAUUGUAUUUUCACGAUAGAAGGGGCCGAGAGACAGGACGAAGGAAUCUAUUCUGUUGUGGUCCGUAACCCUGCUGGGGAAGACACAGCAGAUAUCAAUGUAAAAGUUGUUGACGUUCCUGAUCCUCCCCAAGCUCCCAGAAUCCUCAGCGUGGGAGAAGAUUCCUGUGUUGUGCAGUGGGAUCCCCCCCUCUUUGAUGGAGGACAACCAAUUAUUGGCUAUGUGUUGGAGAGAAAGAAAAAGAAGAGUUAUCGGUGGAUGAGGUUAAACUUUGACCCGUACACCGAAACAACCUAUGAAGCGAAGAGAAUGAUUGAAGGGGUGGAAUAUGAAAUGCGCAUCUAUGCUGUCAACGGCAUUGGCAUGUCACGCCAUAGUCCAGCCUCACAACCUUUUGUGCCUGUUGCCCCGACAAGCGAGCCCAUCGGACUGUGCGUGGAUGACAUCAGUGACACUUCCAUCACACUCAAGUGGCGAGCCCCUGAAAGAAUCGGCUCAGCUGACCUGGAGGGUUAUGGGGUUGAAUAUUGCAAGGAAGGCACGGAUGAGUGGAUACCAGCCAUUCAGGGUCUGACUGAAAGGACGUCACUGACAAUCAGGGAGCUCACCACAGGAGACAAGCUGCAGUUUCGUGUGCGGGCAUACAAUAUGGCCGGCCCGAGUGCAGCAGCAACCCUGAUUCAACCCGUUACUAUCAGAGAAAUUAUGCAACGACCUAAAAUUUGGCUUCCACGAAAUCUCCGUCAGACUCUGAUUAAGAAAGUUGGGGACACUGUCAACCUUAUGAUUCCAUUCCAGGGAAAACCCAGGCCUAAAGUUACGUGGAGUAAAGAUGGGCAGCCACUUAACUCAUCGUUCGUCAGCGUGAGAAAUAGCGACACAGAUACGAUCCUGUUCAUCCGCAAGUCAGAAAGGCAACACUCAGGGCAGUAUGAUCUCCAAGUAGAGAUUGAGAAUGUGGAAGACAAGGCCAAAGUUACGCUGCAGAUUGUUGAUGUCCCAGGGCCACCUGAGGCGCUAAAAGCUCUGGAUGUCUGGGGGUUCAAUGUAGCCCUCGAAUGGAAGCCCCCAAGAGAUGAUGGAAAUUCCGAAAUCACUGGCUAUUGUAUUCAGAAGGCUGACAAAAAGACAAUGGAGUGGUUUACAGUCUUUGAUCAUUACCGAAGAACCAACUGUGUUGUAUCAGACCUCAUCAUGGGAAAUGAAUAUCUCUUUCGAGUAUUUGCCGUCAACCUGGUGGGUCGCAGCCCGGACCCCUGCAACACAAAGGACAGUGUCUACAUUCAGAAAACUGGGAUUGAGUGGAAGCCUGCCACCUACAAGGAUCUUGACUUCUCACAAGCUCCUAAAUUCACUCACCCAUUAGUGAACCGUUCAGUCAUAGCAGGGUACAAUGCUACUCUCAGCUGCUCCGUCAGCGGCAUACCCAAGCCUAAAGUGACCUGGUACAAAAACAAGAUGGACAUCUCAAAUGAAGCCAAGUACAGAAUGCUCAGUAAGCACGGUGUUCUGACCUUGGAGAUCCGAAAGCCUUGUCCCUUUGAUGGAGGGGUGUACAUGUGCAAAGCGGUUAAUGACAGCGGGGAAGACAUCGUGGAGUGCAAGCUGGAGGUUCGCCCACAAAUUGCCAAAGAAGAAAAGAAGCUGGGAGGGUCCAAUGUUUGCUGA